CUGAGAUUCUUGGCUGGCGGACUUGGCGGGCUACCUUUGUCGCCAAGCCGCAAAGUCUUAGUAAGCGUUUUGAGACCAAAGACGGUGGCCAGCAGAUACGAACCCUUUUAUAUAUGGUAUUUGUCCUUUCAUAUUUUAAUUUGAGCUGUGCUGAUCACCGUAGAUUCCUCCAGUGAUAAUUAUUAUUAUUGGAUCUUCAUCGCCGAAUUCAAAACUGCGAUCUACAAUUCACUAGCGGAGACCGGACCAGACUGGGCAGUCCGUUCGCCUACAGCCGGUCCCAGCUCCUUUGUCGAGUCCAGAUUUCACGGAGCCACACGUCAUUAAGUAAUUAAUGCUACCCGGGGGCGCUGGUGGUUCUCACAGCAUCUCUUUCGAAUUACCAGUUCCCGCACCCUUUAGUUACUGGCAGGGCCGAACGAAGGAGGCGUGAACGGUCGGAGAUCGCUUUCCCAGCGGUUCAUAACUGGCAGCAGCCAGAACGGAUGCAACAAUGAUGGCAAGCAAGAACAGUUUGGAGGAGGAUUCGUAUACGGAUCCUCACGAUCUCGAAAGCAGCGACGAGUCGGACGACGGCAUUCACCCUACGGUCUCUUCGUAUCCUCGAAGCACCACUCACCCUCUGAUCGAUUAUGUCAAGAACGAGUGGCAGACGAAUCCAAAAUACCGAGAUGCUUCUAAAUCACCGUCGCCCGAUCGAUUCCCGACGGGAUUCCGGAUAUUGGCGUCCAUAGUUACGGCCCCGCGGUUCAGGCGUUAUAUUAUCGUCUAUCUUGUCUUGCUCGUGACGUGCUGGCUUACGUGGAAGAGCAUACUGGCCCCUCAGAUGGCGGAGAACGAAGCACUGGUCAAGUCGCUAGAUGCAAAAACGAAGGACCGUGUCGGUGGCUGGUACGGAACAAACGCUAUACCGAAAUUUUCAGACAUCGUUCAUAUGAGGACGUUGGAUCCGUCCCUGCUGCCCGGGGAUGAACGCUUGAGAGCGGGGGACAGGAAUAGGAGGAGACUGAUAAUCGUCGGAGAUGUGCACGGGUGCAAAGAUGAGCUCGAUCAGCUGAUGGAAAAAGUAGCCUUCAGUCCCGCGAAUGGCGACCAUCUGAUCUUUACCGGUGACAUGAUAAACAAGGGACCGCAGAGCUUGGCUGUCGUCGAUUUUGCUCGUCAACACUAUGCCUCCUGUGUGCGUGGUAACCACGAAGACAGAAUCUUACUGCUGCGUCAGCAGAUGAAGGAUUCCAAUACUCUGGCGCAGCCAGAUGAGUUGGACAAGGAUACCAUCUCCAGUGGCCAUUACACUGAGCGAAAACUCGCAAAACAACUGAACGAUGACGAGGCAGAUUGGCUCGAGGCUUGCCCCGUGAUCUUGAAGUUAGGACAAAUCAAGGACAUGGGGCAAGUGGUCGUCGUCCAUGGGGGUUUGGUGCCUGGGGUUGAUCUCGACAGACAAGAUCCUUCCAGCGUGAUGAACAUGCGGACGAUUGACUUGGACACCCACGUUCCAAGUCCGUCUAGAGAUGGCAUGCCGUGGACUAAGGUCUUCAAUAAGUACUCGUCUAUGCUUUACUCUGAAAUCAAACGAACCGUCCCGAACGCGAAAUCUAGAAUGAUGACCGUAAUCUACGGCCACGACGCCGCAUCUGGUCUGAAUAUCAAGAAGUACACCAAGGGUCUCGACUCCGGAUGUGUCAAAGGUGGAAAGCUCACUGCAAUGGUCAUCGAAGAUGGCGGUAAGCAACACACCGUCUCGGUGAAAUGCUCCAAUUACCUUGAAGGUUAAAAGCGCAGGCAAGCUCCAAAAUAGCCUCGUCCUAUUCUAACUU